AUGUUUGCAUCCUCGAUGGCUACUGUGAAAGCUUUCAUUUCGACCAAUGGGUUGGACCCGGAAGUCCCAUAUCGGGACCAGCUACAUCUCUUGUCUCUGGAAGAGAAGAUAUCCCUCCUUUCUGGUGUCAGCUUUACCAGCACUGCAGGUGUUGAGCGACUCGGCAUCCCGUCGUUAAAGGUCAGCGACUCGAUCAAUGGCGUUCGCGGCUCACAGUCGCACCUCGAAGACACCGGGACUGCGUGUUUUCCGAGCUCCACUUGCCUUGCGUCAACAUGGAACACAACACUGAUGCGAGAAUUUGGCCAGGAAGUCGCCAUUCAAGCCAAAGCUAAAUCAGUCCAGGUUGUCUUGGGUCCCAACAUUAAUCUUCACCGAGAUCCGAGAGCUGGGCGCAACUUUGAAGCUUUCAGCGAGGACCCCCUACUCACGGGCCAGCUGGCUGCAGCCAUCGUCAGCGGAAUCCAGUCGCAGGGCGUGGGUGCUUGCGUGAAGCAUUUUGUCGCGAAUGAGAGUGAGACGGUGCGCAGGCGCUACAAUGUGGAUGAAUCGGGAGACAACAGAACGAUGCGUGAAAUCUACUUGCGGACAUUCCAGCACUUACUUCGUCAAGCCAACCCAGUUGCCAUCAUGACAGCAUACAAUGCCCUUGAUGGUCACUUCUGCAGCCAGACUCCCAUGAUUAACAGUUUGCUACGGAGAGAUUGGGGAUACGAUGGGUGCAUGAUGUCUGACUGGUACGGUACCAAGAGCACAACUGAAGCCCUGGAUGCCGGUCUGGACCUGGAGAUGCCAGGACCAUCCGUCUUUCGGGGCGCCAAGCUGGUGGAUGCGAUAAAUCGCAAAGAGGUCUCCGAGGAGUCAGUUGACACAGCCGUGCACAACGUGCUGACAAUGAUCGACCGUACUGCUGGCAGCCAUAGUGAUAAGGAGGAGGAAUCACUGGUCUGUGAUCGGACUAGUGCGAUGGCAUUGAAAGCUGCCUCUGAAGGCAUUGUCCUCUUGAAGAACGACCACUAUGCCCUUCCUCUAAAAAUGGCUGAAAAGCCGAGGAUAGCGCUUAUCGGGUCAGCCGCCAUCAAGCCUUCCAUCACCGGUGGCGGCAGCGCCUGUGCCAAUCCUCAAUAUAUCAAGACGCCUCUGCAAUGUUUCCAAGAUGCCUGCGAACAUCCCGAGCAGGUCUCUUUUGCAUACGGAGUUAACCCUCACUAUGUCGUCCCUCUCAUGCCAAUUGACAUGAUGCAAUCACGAAACGGCUCUCCGGGUGUCAAUGUGGACUAUUAUCUUGAUGGAAAUGAUACACCUGUGUAUUCCGAGCAGUCUGAACAGCCAGUAGUAGUGAUGCUGGGCAAAUUGAAGCCAAAUCUGACCCAACACGGAUUCUACUUCGUCAUGGAAACUACUGUCAAAGCGAAGACAAGUGGAAUUCACAAGCUGGCCGUACAAGCGACAGGCGAAUUCACGUUGUUGAUAGAGGAUGUCGAAGUACUUUCCAAGCCCGUCCCUGUCAUGACGGUCGAAGACUUCUUGUUUGAGCCGAAGAAACUAGAAAGUGUGAUUGAGUUCCAAAUGGAGGCACAAAAGCCCUACCGGAUCAAACUGCGCACCCAUUCACGCGACGUCGCAUCGGCACAUGGUGAAAUAUCUCCGCAUUCAGCCAAGUUGUGCUUCGAAGAGGAGCAUAAUGAUCGCGUCGUCAUAGCUGAAGCCGCCAAGGUCGCAGCUCACGCAGACGUCAGCGUGAUAAUCGCCGGUCGGACACAUGAGCACGAGUCUGAAGGAUUCGAUCUACAAACCCUGAAACUCCCCGAAAGCCAAGUCCGGAUGAUCAAAGCCGUCACCAGCGUAUCCAAGAAAACAAUUCUUGUCUUACAUUGUGGCAACCCCAUCGAUGUCUCGGACUUCGUUGAUGAUGUCGAUGCAGUGGUCGCGGCUCACUUUCCGGGACAAGAGGGCGCGCAAGCUAUCGUCGAUAUAAUAAUCGGAGAAACGAAUCCAAGCGGAAGGCUGGCUACAACUUGGCCCUUGCGUCUUGACGAGGCCUCCGUUCCAUCGUUUGGAGAUUUCCCUGCAAAAGACAUUGGCCACGGGCCAGUGAUUCGUUACCGUGAAGGUCUGCAGAUGGGAUAUCGAUCCAUGGAGACCGCCUCAUCGGUACGCUGGCCUUUUGGACAUGGCUUAUCUUACUCUUCCUUUGAGUAUGACAACUUGAAGGUUAUUUGCCAUGAAGCAAUCCGGAGUAUUACGACCGGGGAUAAUUCUGCAAUGACCGUCACUAUUGCGAUUGAUGUCAAAAAUGCCAGCCGCAUGGCGGGCUAUGAGGUUGUUCAAGUCUAUAGUAACCCUCCAGUUGACCCCAUGAUAUGGAGACCGCGUGCCGAGCUGGUCUCAUUCGAGAAAGUCUGGCUUGAACCAAAUGAAACGAGACGAAUUGGUCUCUCUGUCUCUCAGCGAGACAUUAGUGGGUAUUGGGAUAGUGUGGAUAGGUGCUGGCGAUCCCUCAACGGCACCUACAAGGUCACUAUUGGGACAUGCGCAGCCUCUCUGCGCAUUGAUGAUAUAGGGACAUGGAAUGGGCUAUGA